AGUGAUAUAACAAGCUAUUCUGACGUCUUUCAGCUCGAACCUCAAGACUGCACCUUGCCUGAAGUUUCUUCCCCAUUUUACAAAGUCUCCACAGCACCGACAAAGGCAGAAUGGCGCCGUACCAGGCAAAUCUAUCUCAUGAUGGCUAUACUUACACAAAAAUCGAGGGCCUCACAAAAGGAUUGCACACAUACUGUGUGAUCAAGCCGCAACGCAAGAUACACGAAGGUUCCAAAGAUCAGCUGUGGGAAGCGAUCGUGAUCGGUUCCGGCUAUGCGGGACUUGUAGCCGCUCGAGAUCUGGUGAAAGCAGGCAAAAGGACACUGCUCCUGGAAGGACGAGAUCGUGUGGGAGGACGCACAUGGAGUGCCGAAGUGGACGGCACGACGUUUGAGAUGGGUGGCACCUGGAUCUCACAUGUGCAUGGCCGACUCUGGGCAGAGUUGCAGCGGUAUGGCCUCAAAGAUGAGGUUUCCAUGACUCGGACCCAGGGUGGCGGUGCAUCGUAUUUCACCCUUGAUACUGGAUCGGGCUCGCGGAAGCUAUCGCUGGAGGAGGCAGGGGCGAUGACAAACCGGGCGUGGAAAAUACUGGUCAACUAUGAUGGCAAUGACGGGAGAGAUAUUUGCCCCUUGCCAUAUUCGACAUUGGGGAAUCUUCGCGUCAGUCCAGAAGAGGUCAAGAAAGUCGAUCAGCUCUCAUGUCAGGAUCGCAUUGAACAAGUCCGACAUCUCUUGACUCCAGACGAGAUUGCUCUGAUUGAAUCUCUGGUCCCACACAUGGCAGGAGGCACUCCGGCGAAUGUGGGUUUCCUUGAAUUGCUUCGCUCGCAGUCCCUGCAGGGCUUCACUCCCGAAACCUUUGAAGAAUUCUGGACGCUCUACAAAGUCAAGGCCGGUCAAUCCAGCCUCGCGAGAGCUAUCUUCGACGAUGCUGUGGGGUUAGGUCUGCAAUACGCUUUCCAGCACGGUGUCACAAAAGUUGUUGACCGCAACGGAACCGUGUCUCUCACCACUGAAGGCGGCGAGGUCUUCCGCGCUCAACGCGUGGUCAACACAAUGCCUCUCCACGUCCUACCCACAGUGGAAUUCGAUCCUCCCCUCUCCAUGCUCCGACGCGAGGCCAUUCAAAUCGGCCAUCAAAACUACCUCACAAAGAUCCACGCCAUCGCGGAAGGCGAUCUCCGUGGACUGCGCGGCUGCACAUGGCCCGGCGAUUUUCUCUACGUCUACGGCGAUGGAUUCUGCGCAGACGGAAAGUCCACCCGCAUCACCUCAUUCGCAGGCGAUAAUCGCGGGAUCCUCGAUCCGCUCAAGGAGCCUGAGAGGUUGGAAGUGGCGCUGAAGAGGUUUCAUCCCAUGGAAAUUCGCAAAGUCAUCUUCCAUGACUGGACUAGCGAUCGUUAUUCGCUUGGCGGACCUGCCUGGUAUCGGGCUGGUUUCCUGACCAAGUAUCUCGCGGAGCUGCAGUCGCCCCACGGAAAUGUUCUGAUGGCGAAUGCGGAUUGGGCUUCCGGGUGGAGGGCUUUUAUUGAAGGCGCGAUGGAGCAAGGUGGGCUUGCUGCGGACUCGGUCAUGCGACAAUUAGGAGUUCGAGGAGCGAACGAAGCAUACGAACCAAAGUUGUAGAUUCAGCGUCGCCAGAACACAUUCUGAGUUUCGAUAUUUUUCCCAUUCCCUACAAAUAAUGCACGUAUGUACUCCUCAAGCAGUCAUGACGACUUCAUGCAUGCAAUCGGCAGACAGAACGUCCAUCCUC